AUGGAGUUUUUGUCUCCGUUUCAGCGGGUGCUGCAGCCCGAGGAGAUGUGGCUUUAUAAGAACCCCUACGUGGAAGCGGAUCACGUCCCCACAGUGCCCAUGUUUUUCAUCGCCUUUCUGUGUCCCUUAUUGCUCAUUGUCCUGGCAAGGGUGUUCAUGAAUGCCGACCGAGAAGACACGCGGGAAGCCUGCCUUGCUGCCAGCCUUGCUCUCGCCCUCAACGGGGUUUUCACAAAUGCCCUGAAGCUCAUUGUGGGGAGGCCACGGCCAGACUUCUUCUACCGAUGCUUCCCGGACGGACGAGCCAACGUGGAGCUGGUGUGCACAGGGGACCCUGGCACAGUGACUGAGGGACGCAAAAGCUUCCCCAGUGGACACGCUUCCUUUGCCUUUGCUGGUCUUGCCUUCUCUGCCUUCUACAUCGCUGGGAAGCUGCGCUGCUUCUCUCCCGGCCGUGGAGGGAGGGCUCUGCGGCUCUGUGCCUUCCUCCUUUCCCUCAUCGCCGUGUCCCGCACCUGUGACUACAAGCACCACUGGCAAGAUGUGUUGGUUGGCUCAGCGAUCGGCUUCACGCUUGCGUACCUCUGCUACAGGCAGUAUUACCCUCCUCUGAUGGACUCCAUGUGCCACAAACCAUUUCUGUACAAAUCCAGACAACUCCCAGCACACCAAGACAAGCCUGCAGCUUCCAGCUUCCACCUGGACUUAUAG